UUCUCUUUUGACCCUUUAAAGCCAAUCUUUCACUUUUGCAUUGCACCAUCGCUCAACUUUCAGCUUCGCAUGUUUCUUCUAUGGCACAAAGUCCGGAUUCUGUCUCUGAACCGGUACCGGGUACUCCCGGAAUCCGUGAAGUGAGGCCCGAUGUGGCGCCUGAAAGUUUCGGACUUUGCGCCCCGCAGAAUGUCGCUAACCAGGGGACGAGGAAGGUGGGUUUGAGGGCGGAGAUUGAUACGUCGCCGCCGUUCGGGUCAGUCAAGGAGGCCGUGACCCGGUUUGGAGGAAGCGGGCCCUGGAUUCCUUAUUACAAGGGCUUUGAGGAGCUAGACAUAAAGAAAGUAGAAGAACAGGCAGCAGAAUUAGAAAAGGAUCUAAUUGUAAAAGAAUUGGAAACGCUCGAUGUUCUCGAAGAACUUGGAACGACAAAAAGAAUUGUGGAAGAGUUAAAGCUGCAGCUACAAAAAGAAGCGUUGAGAUGUAUGACAGUAUCAGAUGAACAGAUGUCAAGUCCUGCUAUCAAAGAAAUGAACAAAGAAAAUUGCAGCUUUCAUGUUAAUCACCGAGAGCAGCAGAGAAUAGGAAGUUUGAGCCCUUGUCCUACUUCGUCUCCUGACUUGAUCUUAAUGGAGUUGAAGCAAGCAAAAUUGAAUCUUGGUAAAACUAUUAAUGACCUAGGAGUGAUUCAAACUUCCGUUGAGUCUUUGAAUAAGAAAAUGAAGAAAGAGAAAACAUUUCUUCAGAAAACACGCAAGAGGCUAACAUCGAAAUUUGCAGGGGUGUUGUCUUUGGAGGAGGAGCUGAAACAAGCAAGAGUGAAGCCGCUUAUAGUUGACUGUGAAAUAAGUGAUCACAAAGCUGAACAGUUGAAGCAAAUGGCUGAAGUUGAAAAAUCAGAAGUUUCCAAAACAAUGUUGGCAAAUGAACAAACCAAGAUUAAUUUAAAAACUGCUGAAUUGAGGUUGGUUGCAGCCAAAAAAAUGGAGGAAGCAGCAAGAGCAGCAGAAGCUGUUGCAUUAGCUGAAAUCAAGGCUUUAUCAGGCAAUGAGACCUCAUCAGGAUUUGUAUUGCCAGAGCCAGAGAAAGUAGCCUUGUUUGAAGCACAAAUUCCAUUGACUCCUAAAGCUCAAAAAGUUGAAGGGCUUGCCAAGAAAGUAGAAGUUGUGAAACCCCAAAAGCGUGAAGGUGAUAUCACUAAAAUGUCUAUUUUAAGUAAAUUGAGGGAAGCAACAGAAGAAGUUAAACAAAGUAAACUGGCCUUAGAAGAAGCUUUGAAUAAAGUUGAAAUGGCAAAUAGAAAGCAGUUUGCUGCUGAAGAGGCUAUUCGCAGAUGGAUACCGGAGAAUGAUCAAGAAGGACAGGGACAUACAGGUUAUUGUGAUACUGGGCUCAGUAAUUUCGAUUUGCAUCAAAUCGAUAACCAUCUAGAUUCUCCUUUAAAUCAUGAAAUUAAGGAUUGCAAACCAGUCAGUGAUGAUCCAAAGCCUGUUCUAAAAUCAACAGUUUCAAUGCGAGAUGUACUCAGCAAGAAACAAGUUUUGCCAGAAGAAUGUGUAAUGGGAAAGCCAAAAGAAGUCCGCGAAGAAAGAGAAAAAGUGGCCUUGAGUCAGAUGCUUCAUGAAUUGAGAGAGGACUUAAGAUUUCACCCAAGAGCUGAGAAAGAGGGAGGUGAUCAUCAAAAGCCGUUCAUCACACAAAGGAGAAAGUUUGGAUUUAUUCAUAUAUCUUUGCCAAUGACAAAACCAAGUAAGAAAAAGAUGCAAGAUUUAAAUAAUGUGAUGCAUUAACAAAUAGACAAAUAAUUAAUUUUCUGGUUGUGUAGUAGUUUUUCAUUUUCUUUGUUGUCUUGCACUGUUCUUGUGCCAUGGUUAUAGCUUGCUUGUGUUGUUUGUGCCUUUCAUUUCAGGUUUCUUUUUCUUUAUAUAUUCUUUCAUCUGUAGAGAUGUAUUGUGUGAGUCUCUAUAUUCAUAGCUUGGAUUUAGCUUUUGGGCACAGCUGGGCUCUAAGUUAUUUUGUUUACUCGUUUAUGUUGAAGUAUAACUGUAUAAGGAGUUAUCUUCCUAUAGAAAAUUGAUUUAAUGAUAAAGUUUGGAUUAAGAAUGCA